AUGAGCCCUGAGGCUGUGCGCACCCCCGACGGUGACGCGACGGCAGAGGCCUCCCUGCCCGCGGUCCAGGAACACCCGCAACAGGCUUCACAGCCAGCCGCCCCUCCGCUCCAGCAACAGCGUGGAUGGCUCAGCAGUGUGCGGCGACCUAAGACGUCGCCGGCGCCAAAAGCUGCAAUCAAGCGCACCUUGUUGACCGAGGACGAUGCUCGACGCGACUCCGCCUUGGCGUCUUCUAAUUCUACGUCCAGUACAGACCCUGGUGCAGUCAACGCACCCUCGACACCCACCAGCCUGCGCAAGACGCCGAGCCUUCCCGCCAUCGUCGUCCAAGAUGAGCCUGCUGUGCCAUCGACCAGUUCGUAUCACCGCAUACCGAGCAGCGAUGGGGAAGCCGCCCUGGACUUCCAGGGCAUAGAUACCGUCAUUCCGACCGGCGGCUUCGACGACCUCACUUCGCCCACGCAGAUAUCUUUCUCCAAGCGGGGCAGCAUGCUACUCGGCGGGAAGCGCCCCAACAGAAUGAACAAGCAAUUGGGUCUCGUUGCCGAAGGCGCGCCUGCCGCGCAACCCGAAACACCGCCGCAGCAAGCUGAGCAGGACAAGCCGCAGGAGCCAAAGCACCAGGACCUCUCCUCGCCCGUCACGCCCCGCCUCACCCCUCAAGCUCGCUCGCCGUCACGCGUCUCAGCCAGGAGGAGGGUCGUAAGCAGCCGUGUGCUGUCUACCGAUGAGAUGAUGUUGUCACGGAAAGUACGAUCCAUGUAUCAUCAUGGAAACGAAAGCGCGGCCAACUGGGACGAUGUAGAGGAGGAGGCAGCAAGCCUGCGGACCAGUUUUGUGGACAACAGCAGCGUGACUGACACGCCCGCUAACAGCUCCUCACUAGCCGCUGAAGGGAGCAGGGCCGAGUCCAGCUCGAUCAUGAGUUCACAGAGAGAAAGUGUGGUCAUAGCAAAAGAACCCAAUGAGAGCGCAGGUGGCAUCGAGGAUUGGUCAGAACUGGAAGGUGGUGAAGUUGAUCGGUAUGGAUUCAUCGUCCCGAAAAAGACGACAUCAGGCGGUUCUGGAAACGGUCCAGAUGAGCCUCGCAUCCAGCGCGUAUCAACGGCACUCCAACUGGUAUCCGAGGAACCUAGAAGGAAGGGGUUAGGGCGUAGUGUGUCAAAGGCGCGCUCCGCUCGUUCUGCUAACAUAGGGAUUCCCAGGAGGCGACGCUCGCAAAAGUCUUCACAGCCUGCAGCGUCCGUCAUGUCAAACCGCACGGCUCGAAGUGCUGCCCAAAGACCGCUCCGCCAGGCUGUGAAUCGCCUGCCGCAUAACAGGGACCGCCGCUUAUUGGACGAAGCCAGCGACAUGCUCAAGUUACCCCCGGGCCUUGCGGAAGUCGCCGAGCAGAAAGAAGGGGGCAGAGUAGCUGAGAAGGCAAGGGCAAAAGAGAUAGAACGAGAAGAGAAAUGGCGAAAGAUGGCAAAGGUGGUCCAAGCCGGAGCUAAAAGCGGUGGCAUGAUGUUCGAAUUUGAUGUCAAAGACCCUAAAGUAAUAUCUCGGACAUGGAAAGGCGUUCCCGAUCGUUGGAGAGCCACUGCAUGGUAUGCUUUCCUCGCCGCAAGCGCAAAGGCAGACAAAGACAGCCCGACCGAUGAAGAACUGGUGACUAGCUUCUACGAGCUACAGAAUGAGAAUUCCGCGGACGACAUGCAGAUUGAUGUCGACGUGCCAAGGACCAUCAAUCGACAUAUCAUGUUCCGCAGAAGAUAUCGUGGAGGGUAA